AGGAGAGAGAGAGGGAGCACUCACAUGAAAUACAGACAGAGAGCCGGAGAGUGAACGAAAGAGCAAAGAGAGAGAGAUAAAGAGAGAUAAAGUAAGAGAGAGAGAGAGAUGUAAUACAGAUGUAUUUGAACUCCUCUAGCACUUCUUCAUCAGGCUUGGUGUGAUGAAGGAGUGAGAGAUAUAAAGUGAGAGAAAUAGAGAGAGAGAGAUAGAGAUAAAGUUACUCAGGAUCAAGAUCUGCAGUUCUUUCACUCGUUUUCAGUCGUUUAUGUGUCUUCAGUCCGUCUGUUUGUGGAUGGAGAGAUCAGGACGGACCUCAGGAGGAGGAGAAGAUGAAUGAAUGAUCAAAUCCAGAAUAACGGAGGAGUGUUCACUCUAUACACUGAGAAACUACAGCUUUACUCGUUUACACACUUUCUGGAGAGAGGAGGAUAAAAUAAAAUAAGGACCCCGAACGUCCAGACCCCCAUUCUCACCCUCUCCUCCCACACCUCCUAACAGAAGAUGAUGCUCAGUCCAGAUCACUCCGACUCUGACCUGCUCUGGCCUCAGUCUGACCCCGAAACUCUCCUCAACGUCAUUAAGGUGGAGCAUCCUCCAGAACUGGAUUCGGACAGUAAGCCGCCCUGCUCUCGCUCCCUCGUUCCCCCGCUGACCCGCGAGGAGAAGCGGAGACGGCGGCGCGCCACCGCCAAGUACCGCCUGGCCCACGCCACGCGAGAGCGCAUCCGGGUCGAAGCUUUCAACGUGGCAUUCGCUGAGCUCCGGAAACUGCUGCCCACACUUCCGCCUGACAAGAAGCUCUCCAAGAUCGAGAUCCUGCGGCUCGCCAUCUGCUACAUAUCCUACCUGAACCACGUUCUCGACGUUUAAACCCCGACGAGGAGGAGAGAAGCUGGACAUGAAAUAUUCAGGAGAAUGUCAUCAAUAACUUAAGAGAAUCAGCGCUGCUGUUCGGCCGAGUGAAAGCUGUCGCUCUAUUGGACGAUGCAGUCACUCAGAGCAGGUACUGUAAGUAAGAGGGUACAUCUAUACAUCUAUACAACAGAGAGAGAGACUGCAGGAAUAUAUAUAAAAAUAUAUAGAAAAUGACACAGAACUGGACGUGCAUUCAGAAAAGAUGUAGCCCAUAAUAACCAGAGUAACGGCAAAGUGAAAAAAGAAGCUCAACAAGAUAUGUUACGGAUUUUUUUUUAAUGAUUAUAAUAUUUAUUUAUGUAAUUAUUUAUGCAUUUAUUUAUUUAUUUGCCUGUUUGUUUACUCAAAUAAUGCUUUUCUUGAAUAAUUUAUGUCGACCCUUUAUACACUCAUCAUCAAAAAACUAGUUGCAUCCAGAAGGAAACAUCAAAUUGAACUGAUAUGGAAGGAAGAUAAACAUAACAUAACAUGUUACCAGGAACAAAACAUGGAGUUGUAGAGGUUGUAGAGGUUCCUAAUGGUGUCCAGGGAUAAUCCAUCCCAUGCAUUUAAAAUAUUCUUACACAGUUCCUGCAGAUUUUGUGGUGGAAGUAGACUGUUGAUAGCCCUGUUGAUGUCCAAUAAGAACCUUCAAAUUGGGAGAAAACCUUUACAACAAUCUUUUUGACAAAAACCUUGCCCCUGGUGAAAUAGUGCACCAGUAUGUGUGAUUAGAAAAUGUAAGGCCACCGGUUGCAGGACAUUGAAAAAUAAAUUGAUAUAUACCAGUGUGGAAAAUGUCUCAAAGCCAUAUCUAAGGGACUUCUCAGGCGUGAUUACUCCAAAAGGGCAUGAGCAACUCAUCUAGAAGGUCACAAGAAAACCCAGAACAGUAGGACAUAAUUACCAUAACACAAAGUGUCUGUAAUGAAGACUAAAGGUGAUCUGGCAUUGUAGAGCUUGAGUAAUUCCACAGAAAAAAAACACUACUUGUUCCAUGAAGAACCAUAUCUGUUAAGGCUUGUUUGUAAUAUGUAGGUUUUAUAAAGCUUUAAAUUGGUAGAAAACCAUUGCAUCAAAAUAUAACUUUUUUGACAAAUGUUUUCCUGUUAAAAUAGUGCACUAGUGCGUUCUAUAAGAAAAAUAGAGCCACUGGUUGCAGGACAUAAAAAAAACAUAAAUAUAUAUAUAUAUAUAUAUAUAUAUAUAUAUAUAUAUAUAUAUAUUGCCAUCUACCAGUGUGGAAAAGUUAACAAAGCCAUUUGUAAGGCUUUGGGACUCCAAUAAACUUUCUCAGAAGUGACUGGCCUACUGAAAUUACUCCAAAAGGGCAUGAGCAACUCAUCUAUGAGGUCACAGGAAAACGUAACAUCGUAACAUCUUGUUGGUUGAUUCCUUCUGUGUGCAACUUUUUUUUUGAUGAUGAGUGUAUUUUUGUGUUUAUUAAUGUAUUUAUUUAUUUAUCUAUUUAUUGCGUUUAUAAAAAGCCUGAUGCAGAGUGUUUAUCAGUUGUAAAUAUGUAUUAAUAUAAAUGUAAUGUACAGUUGUCUACUACCGUCUACUACAGUCCUGGUUUUGCUGUUGAUCUUAUCUUGCACUUUUUACCUGUAGAUGUGUUAAAGCCUUUGAUGUGUCACAUACUGUAGAUAUCAUAUGAGAUGCUCCUCUUGAACUGAAUCAUAAACUGUGUCAUAAAAGAGUUUCUCUUUAGCCAUAAAGCAAUCUAAGACAUAGUCCUGACUGAUAGUGGUCAAUAUGAUGCAAUAUAUACUGUAUCUGUAGCUAUACAUUGGUUUAUAGUGCAGCUGAUUAUUGUGUAUACACUGUAUAUAAUAUGUACUGUGUUAUAUUUUAUAUUCUGUACUCUAGUUCUUAGAUUAUGUCUGCAACCGAAAAGGACUUGCUUUUAUUUUUUAUUUAUUUAUGUUUAUACAGACUAUUUUCUAUAGAUUAUUAUUUGACAUGUUUAUUGUUAGUCUCUAAAAUUGUACAGUAAAAAUGUUUGAUAACUGCUUUAUAUCCAAAGAUGCCCUGAUGAUUCAGCAGGGCUUUUAUUGUCAUUUUGUAUUAUGAAAAUGUAGGAUUUCUUAUCUUUAUGGAGAAAGGUAAUGAUUAAAAAAUAGAACGAUUUAA